GCAAAAGCAGGGUUGCGUGCAGCGCUGAUACGCUGCAGCGUGCAUACAUAACCACACCGAGUAGAGCGCGGCUGCGUCGCCCCCGGGGGACUGUGCAGGGUCACGCACUGCCGGUCAGCCAUCACGUGUUACCUGCCAUAGCCUGCCCCGGUAUCGCUCGCUCCGUGUGCCUGCCUGACCUUCUUUUUUGCGUUUACAGGGCUAAGCCGGUGAGACAGGCUAGCGAAUGAAAAGCGACGAGCAAUGGAGUCGAGUGUGUGUGUUGUGCGUAUCGUCGGUAAGGCGAGUGAGUACUGCUGUCGUUACUAGUGUUGAUGUUCGGCGCUCUAAUCAUCGGGAGCACCUCGAUGCGAUAGCAACGUUGAUAUCUCUACCGGCACUUCUCGCUCCCUCUGGGUAUCACGCCGAGGAGGGCAAAGGCCAGCGAUCACACAUAGUGACCCUUGAAACGGUUGCUACUCAUCGAGUCGGGAUCGUCGCCGUCGCUGUUAUUGUUGUUGUCGUUGUUGUUGUGGCUGCAGCUGCUGCUGUUGUUGUUGCUAUCGUUAUUGUUGAACCUUCGCGUGCUUGGCGACAUGGCGUGGACACCGAGCGAGAAUCAUUCCAAUCUGAGUUCGGUUACGGAAACGUUCUACAACAUUUCGGCAUGGCAACCGUUCGCGUUCGAGAACGCUGACGCGAACAGUACGAUCGUUGCGACGUUCUGCGAUGGAUACAUGGUCGGGAACGCCACCGAGGCGGGGAACGGCAGCAGCGGCUGCGCGUAUGUUCCCGGUGCGACGCCGCCGCCGCCCUACAUGGGCUACAACCAGGAGCGCAUCCUCACGAUCAUCGUCUACGGAAUCCUGUUCGUCAUCGCCGCCAUCGGCAACGUCACCGUACUGCUGAUCCUCGUACGGAAUCGCAAGCGGUCGCGGUCGCGGGUUAACCUGCUCAUCAUGCACCUGGCGGUCGCUGACUGCAUCGUCACGUUCGUCAUGAUCCCGCUAGAGAUCGUCUGGGCUGCGACGAUCGUCUGGCUCGCCGGUGACGUCAUGUGUCGCAUCAUGGCCUUCUGGCGACAGUUCGGUCUCUAUCUGUCUUCGUUCGUGCUCAUCGCCAUCUCGCUGGAUCGCUACUUCGCCGUCUGUCAUCCGCUGAGCGUGCGUAAUGCCGGCACGCGCGCCAAGCUGAUGCUCUUCUUCGCUUGGCUUCUGUCCAUCAUCUGCAGCGCACCACAGAGUGUCAUUUUCCACGUGCAGGCGCAUCCGUACCACCACUGGUUCCAGCAGUGUGUCACUUACGACUUCUUUAAGUCGAAGCGUCACUAUCUGACGUACAUGUUCUUUACGAUGUUGGCGAUGUACGGACUCCCUCUGAUCAUCAUCACCAUCUUCUACCUUCUCAUUCUACGCGAGAUAGCAAAGAAGUCGCGGGAGGUCAAAGGAAGCAUCAACGUCAGGAACGGCUCGGCGCAGCUAAGGCGGUCCGGCGUUGGUAACAUCGGUAAGGCUAAAGCAAAGACGUUGAAGAUGACGCUCAUUAUUGUGAUAGUGUUUAUAAUGUGCUGGACGCCCUACUACAUCAUGUGCCUGUGGUUCUGGUUGGACGAGGAGUCAGCGAAGCAAGUAGACCCGCGAAUACAGCGAGGCCUGUUCCUCUUCGCCGUCUCCAACUCAUGCAUGGACCCGAUUGUCUAUGGCCUCUUCACGAUCAACGUCAAGCGCGACCUGCAACGGUGCUGCCCCUGCGGGAAGAAGCGCCGAGAGGACAACUACCUCUCCAACUCCGGCUACACUGUGUGCGUGCGCGAGGGAGAGUCCGGGUGCGCGCGAAAUCCGUCCAUGUACAACGGCCGUCGGUUGUCGGCUCGCUACGCCGCUGUUAACAGCAAGGAUCCGCCGCAUCGCUCGCCCUCGUCCUACGAUAGGAUUCAUGCGAGUCCCUCGGUGCACAGCGGAGGUGGCGCCACCACGCAGAUGAGCAGCGUGUGAAGGGUCGCCUCGUAGUUCGUCCGCCUCUCACCAGGUGUCGCUGUGUGCAGCGUGUGAGCGGCUGGCUUCGCCCCGUAGUUCGCCCGCCUCUCACCAGGUGUCGUUGUGUGCAGCGUAUGAGCGGCUGGCUUCGCCCCGUAGUUCGCCCGCCUCUCACCAGGUGUCGUUGUGUGCACAACGCUGUACGAUAACAUCUUGAUCUGAUAUUCAUGAGGACUUGGGGUACGAGCGGUAAAAAGUCCAAAAACUGCGAUGUGAGAGCUCAGUACAGCCCCCUGCGAUGUCUCUCUGAGGUCAUAGUAUGAUCUGUGAGUGCUGCAAAUAGCAGCCGUUAUGACAUGGCAAAGUUGAAAGCAGACAUUUAUUUUACAAACGCUGCUUUUGACCUUGUUGCUUGCUGACCCAGUUUUCGAAAAGGAACCCUUUUUAACGCAUUUCACCCUUGAGCUAUUGUAGUAGUUAAGCUUGCUGCGCCAACUUCCAUAUGUCGUGAUUAAAUGAAUCAACUACGAAUCAGCUUCAAUCGUUGAUGAAAUUGGAGUCUAUAUAUCCUCCCCCGCCCUCUACCGCAUAGCCGUUUUUAAAUUGAUAGCCGCAUUUGUCUUACACGAAUGAAGUAGGAUGAUGGAGCAUUAACAGUCAAUGUGCAAUUUAAUACGUCGUGAUGUGCGAAGACGUUGGAUAUAUAAUCAUUAUGUGUCGUAACUGCCCCCCUCCCACUCCUGUCAUCAUAACCAUCCCGCUAUCCCAAGGAUGCACCGAGAGCCGAAUGGGACUAUCGCGGUUGCUAUACUCCGAGCCGUGUGUAUGUACGAAACAGUGCGAGUCGCGAUCAUUUCGUCGUCAUGCGUUUAGAAACGAUGUUACUCUCGAAUCUGGUUCGCGAUGCUGUGCGGAGCGUCGCAUGCUCCCAGACACACGUGACGACGACGUCUAAAAUGCAAUUGCGUAAAUUGCAAAUUGCAUAUUGUAUAAGUACGUGACUCUCCAUCCCGGUUUACGAUGCGAAUUAAGAUGGCGUCGCACAACAACUAACUAUGGAGAUGUUCGUUGCGAGAUUCCCUUUGAUCGUUGUCAUGGAUAUAAGAGAAAUACGUGUAAUGGAAUCGCGUCGCGUGUCUCACCGUGUUCGUAGCGGUCGUGCCGAGGUAUCUCGUUCUUGAUAUAUGAAGCUCAAGUUUAUCCAUAUUUUUUCGUGUCAUUAUAGCGUCCGUGCUUAGAGGUCACGGUAUAUACGGGGCGGAAAAGUGACGAUUUUAUAACAGUUAACUUCGGACAUGCCUGUAGUGAGCGCAUAUCUGAGGAGUUAAUGCUUUUAAUUCGGUUCCUGUGCAACUGUAUAGGUUAUGCUAUAGGUAGAGUUAAAUUAUGCGAUAUAAAUGGGCCUAUAUUUCUGUAUACAAUUAUUACUUACCGUUAUCGUGUACUAUCGAAUGUUAUUGCGUCACUAAUACCUUUCUUUCGAUGUGUCGCGAUGGGAAACUAUAACGCGCUCAUAUUACAGGAAAUCAGCAUCGUGUGAUACACUUACUACAUCUGUAUGUAAGUAAUUGUACGUUUACGGGGUUUUAUGGGAUAUAUUGUGAUAUGUACACAUAGCUGCACACGUACGAACACACAAACACGCCCACACCCGCGCGCACACAUCCGCCCACCCAUACACUAACACUGACUCGCAGACUCAAGCACGCACGCAUGCACGCACGCACUAUAUAUAUAUAUAUAUCAGUAUAUCUUAACCAUGCAUUAUUAUAUAAAUAUGUAAUAAAUCAUUGGUAAGUCUUGAUAUAAUUAACGUAACGCACGUGUUAGUUCGAAUUCGUCUGUAUAUCAGAAAUUAUAUCGCUUGUAUUGUAUGGUGUAGGCGGAUGUACAACUUUCGUUUGUAUACGGUAUAUAUAUAUAAUAACGCAUAUCGUUUAAAAUAGCAUGAAAUUGUAAAAAGAACGCCACCAUGCAGCUUACGUCGACAUCGAAUAAACGCUGC